UCGUCGGGUUCAAUCUCGACAUCGGCGUGCUUCACCCGUUUCUUCGAUCCUUGCAAUUCUCUCCAUAACCCUCUUUGAUGUUCUUUUAAAUUCGCCUUCGAAAUUUCUCCAUUUUUCUGUCAUUUUCAGUAAAACUCUAGAUUCCUAACUUGGUUAAUUGAUCAUUGAUGAGCGAUCUACAGUGAGAUACACAAUUCCCCUAAAAAAAUAUAGGGCUUUUGGUGUUCUGGGCGCGGAUUUACUUAGUUUAUGUAUAUACGAGUAGGAGGAUCGAUGGAACGGGAAGUGCAGCUGGAGCCGGCGGUAGGGCCUGAGCUCAGCGACUCCGAUCCUCUGCUAAACGACCGCCGUGUUGACCUCACACCGUCGCUCCCCUCUUCGCCGCAGAGCUCCAGCGAGAUUAAGGUCGAAGAUUCGGAGAAUGGUUCGCUGCCUUGCUGCAGAAUCUGCCUCGAGUGCGACGGGGAAGAUGAUGAUGACUUGAUAUCACCAUGCAUGUGCAAAGGCACCCAGCAGUUUGUGCAUCGUGCUUGUCUCGAUCACUGGCGAUCGGUCAAAGAGGGAUUUGCAUUUUCACAUUGUACUACUUGCAAAGCUCAGUUUCAUCUUCGAGUCGUGGAGCUAGAGGACAACAGUUGGAGGAAUAUAAAGUUCAGGCUCUUUGUUGCUAGGGAUAUUUUCCUUGUGUUUUUGGCUGUACAAUCUGUUAUUGCGGUGAUGGGUGGCUUUGCAUACCUUAUGGAUAAAGAAGGAACAUUUAGGAAUUCAUUCAAUGACAGUUGGGACCGAAUAUUAUCCAAGCAUCCCAUUCCCUUUUAUUAUUGCAUCGGAGUACUUGCCUUCUUUGUGCUGCUUGGAUUUUUCGGGCUCAUUCUUCACUGCUCCUCCUUUAAUAGAAAUGACCCACACAUGGCUGGUUGUCAGAACUGCUGUUACGGAUGGGGUAUCUUGGAUUGCUUUCCUGCAUCAAUGGAAGCAUGCUUCACACUGGUUAUCAUUUUCGUAGUUAUCUUUGCUAUAAUGGGCAUUGCAUAUGGUUUUCUAGCUGCCACCAUGGCCUUCCAGAGGAUCUGGCAGAGACACUAUCACAUUCUCACUAAGAGAGAGCUUACUCAGGAGUAUAUAGUGGAGGAUCUUCAUGGCUGCUAUACCUCGCCGAAACUCGACAAGGAGCAUGAAGAACGUCUUAAACUGCUCCAACUGUUAUAGGAUGAUAGAGAUAACCAUGAGCGUUUUAACUCUGCUUUAGCAUGUUUAUAACCGAUCAAUGCCUCAAAAGCACAAGGUUAAGUUCAUUUAAUCUGCUUCAGCAAGAAACUUGGUGCCUUUUAUGUUUUCUGGUAAGUGAACAUCAAUUCUAGUGUUGCUUGGUGUAUAAAGAAUGUAUUUACACUUCGCGUUUUAUAUAUUACGUACAUAAUAUCGUGGCUUGUUAAAUUAUGUUAAGCGUAAUACUGCAAUUGGAGAAUAACGUUA